CGCGCGGCGCACAGAGGACGUUAGCCCGCGUCGGCCCUCCGUAGCGCACGUCCUCUCGAUCGCUACAAUCGUUCCGCAACCGUGGCAGGUGUCGGUGCCGUGAUGUUCAAACCGUGAAGUUACAUGUGUGCUUAACUUUACAUUUUUCGGAUAUCGGAUUGCCGGAAUUCCGCAAUGGGAGAAUCAUUAUUGAAGGAAGAUCCCCUCUCCAGGAUCCAGAGGGAAAUCAUUGAGGUUACAGAAAGAGAACGGGAAUUCAAAGAGGGACACUUCAGGAUAAACAGACUUUUGUCAGAAUCUACUAUCAAUGUUAACCAUCAGAAUGGCCAUGUCAACGGAGAUGAUGAUAUCAAACCCCAAAAAGCUCUCAACAGAGCAGUAUCCACGUCACAUCUACUUGGGCCGAUUGCGCCAUCUCCGCCUCCCGUCCCUACACUUUUGAAUACAAAUGGUUACACACGCCGGUUUACUCCCCAAACAGGGACGAAAGGUAUCAUGCAAAGGUUCAUAGCAAACAAAGGAAAAAUUCCAGUCACUUCUCCAGUAGCAUCUUCCCCGACAGCUGUCCUAACACCUCCUCUUAGUAUACCUAUAUCUCCGGUCAUCACAAGUCCAGUCCAAAUGCCUCCAGCCGCUAUUACUCGUACACCCGAGGGAAAACCUGUAAGAAAAGGUUUCGUGCCGGUCGAGGAAAAGAUUCAGAAAGAACUGAGGGAAAUGAAAGAUCGAGAACACGAACUCAAACGUAUGAGGAAGAAACAAAAACCUUUCGACCUCGAGUUCAGCGACUCUGAAACAACAUCGGAAUCAGACGAAGAAGACAUUCCAUUGCCUGGCAAGCUAAAGGCAACUAAGUCAAUAGGUGAACUAUACGAAGCUCUGAAUGAGGAAUUACGUUCACCCUCGCCAAGAAACAGUUCUGGACAAGACUCUCUAGGUAGCCUGAAGCCAGCAAAAUCGUUGGCACAACUUUGCGAUCUCGAGCCUGGCCAAGAAUUCCUUGCUCCAAGUUCGACGAGGUUAAUUGCGCAGUGGGAAUCCAUUAUACAACAAAAACAGGAAGCUGGGGCAGCUUAAUGUGAUAUGAUAACAACUAGAAGGCUCGUGGAUUAAGUGUGUAACAUAGGCGUGUUACGCUUAUAUGUGAUUGAUUGACUAUGAGCAAAUGUAAAAUCUAUCGACCACAGAGUGAAAUUGAUACAAGGCCGAAUUAAGUGUCAGUACAUUCGGUAAUGUUACAUUGAAACCUGAUACGUGUGUCCUAGCUAUAACGAACGUAUCGCGCAGUGCAUACGGGGCGCUAAGGUCAUAUUACACGCUGCAUACAUGAGUACAAAAUCGUAAUAGGUAAGCAGUUUGUGCAAAUGCUGAAAUUCCGCGAGUGCCUCAAUUUUGCCAAUCAAUUUUCUUUCGCCGCCUGAUCGACAGUGCACCAAUUAAUUUUCUCCAGAUUGUUAACAAUGCAAAUGAUGGUUAUCCGUAGCAGCAAUUAUCUUGCGCAUGCGCGCGUUGGAAAGCGCAGUCAAUACAUGAUGCGAACUCGUCUCCCGAGUGUGAGUAGUAUAGUUUCUUCCUAUUGUUCAGUAUAUCUCCGCUGCUGAAAAACUGGUAGACUAUUGUGGGACCGCUUUCCCGCACCGCGGUUGUGCGGCGCCGCGGCUGGCGUAUGUAACACGUUGGCAUAUUAUUUGCUCUCUGUGUUUCUCGAUACGUACCUACUGUGAGAAAAAUGGUAGCAUUCAAUUAAAACCCCCAAACAAUUGAUAGUGAAAGAAUACCAGCGCGCCGUGGGUUGCGAUCGUAUCUAUCGGUAACAAUACACUUUCUGCCUACCCUAAUUUAUUAGUGAGGGUUGUCAGUAAGCAAAAAUCGGUAUUGUUUUCUUCUUAAUAUCUGUCUUAAUUUAUGAAAUCUAAAGGGGGUUACAUAGAUCACAAGAAAAAGCAAAGAAAUGUGUUUACAAACCUGUUUAUUGCACCGUGGUUAAAUAACUUAUGAUUCAUUCAUUGUUUCCAAAAAUAAAUUGGAGUAAUAUUAACAUAAAAUAAUAUAAUAUUAUGAUGAGUUAGCACGUGUAAUUACUUGCGUAGGUAAUUAGGAAACUGAGGCCAUGCGUCGGAACUGGCGUUUGUACUCAAAGCAGGCCUUUGAGCGUUUUAAUAUGAAAUUGUACUUAAUUCCUUAUUUAUUUUUAAUUAAUUAAUGAAUCGCGGGAAUAUAUGAUACGAAUUUUAUUUUAAAAUGGGAAUGUAACUUGAUUUUUGUAAAUUGUGUACUAGUAGUGUAUAUUAUUAACACGGCAACUAUAUGGACUCUAAUGAAUUGAAAAGGUCGUUUAAGGGUCGCGGCAUACGUGGACCGAGUCCAUAGCUCUGCUUUUUCGGGUAAAUCUGGAUUUUUGGAUUUAAAUUACACUAGCACAGCGCUUUCACAAUUGUACAAGCGGCCUUAAUAAAUUGCGUCUAAAAUUUAGCAUCAUAAUAAAUUAGUCAAUUUAAUUUAAUAUACAUAGUUAAUAGAUCAAAUAAUAAUUAUUGAGAUUGAUAGCGUUAAUUGUUGCAAUAUUUUUUUACGUACGUGUUUAAGUUUUGUUUCUAUUUAACGUGCCAGGUGGUAAAAUUUACUAAAUUUAUUGUAACUGUGGCCUUAUUAGAGAACUGAAAUAUUAUUCCUAUAUGAGUACAUUUAAAUAUUUCUCUCUAUUGUAUACAAAUUUUCUGUCAAACCAAGUAUUGUGAUAUGAAAUUGCCUUAAAAUAUAAUUACUUAACAUUUGUAAUGUUAACAUAGAAUCCUAUCUAUUUAUGUAAAAUACAGCAAUUGCUCGUUUUGCGUCUGUGCAGAAUCGAGUUGUUAUUUAUAUAAGGUUAUUGCAAUAAAUACAUUUUCGUAACAGUUGAA